AUGCAAAUCAAACUAAAGUGCAGCUGCGGAGAGGGCAGGUGUCCCGAAUGGGCAGUCGUGGAGGUUCAGGGGGUCGUCGAAGCCCAGCCCUCGUUUCAGGACCGCCUUCAAAACCUUGAGAUCGGCCUUCUCUGCCGCCCUUCUUCUCAGGAAAGUUAUACAUUCACUGUGGGGUACCAUGAGCUGACAGGGACAAAAGUGAAUCUAAAGAAGCCGAUUGUGGUGUUGAAGAAGAUUAAGUUCGAUGAUGAAGUAAAGGAGGGCGAAGGCAGUUCAAAUUCUAAGAGGGUUGAGUUGGAUGUGAUUGGAGUGAUUCGUCACAAAAUCCUAUUCAAGACGAGGCCUAGAGCACUUAUAUCCACUAAGGAACCUCAACAAUCUGGGAAGGAAAGAAUCACGGCACCAAGUUCGAUGGCGUUGAACUAA